UGGCUUCAGAGUUUUCAACACAUGGGAAAGUUUUAAUCUGUGCUCAGAAGACUCAGGAUUAGCUGAGGUGGCUUGUUGUACACUGGGUUUCUGUAAAGUUGGAGUGGAAGUGCAAGCAUCCAGUAGGAUCAUAGAGCAAAACCUAUCUCGGAGAAGCUGAUCUUGGCAUUGCAUUUUUCUUUGUGGUUCAGGUGAACAUGGCCUCUCUGUGAAGUGAAGAAGCUCAGUCUGUGACUCAGAGGGAAAUGCACAUUAACAGAGAACAAGGGCAACUAUCUCUAAUGUAGUGUGGGGAGUACUGUUGGGCACGGUGUCACAAGAUCUACGCCAAGGCCAACAGUCUCACCAAGCCUACUUCAGGGCUUUCUCAUACACACAACCUUUCUCUGUGUUUUCCCAAUAAAGCCAAUAUUUGAGCCACUAUGGGAGACUGGAACUCCUUGGGGAAGCUGCUGGAAAGCGCCCAGGAACACUCCACUGUUGUGGGCAAGGUUUGGCUUACAGUGCUGUUUAUUUUCCGCAUCCUGGUGCUGGGAACUGCAGCUGAGAAAGUGUGGGGUGACGAGCAGUCUGGCUUCACAUGUGACACCAAGCAGCCUGGUUGUCAGAAUGUCUGCUAUGACAAGACCUUCCCCAUUUCCCACAUUAGAUUCUGGGUGAUGCAAAUCAUCUUUGUCUCUACACCCACACUGAUUUACCUGGGCCACAUCCUUCAUCUGGUUCGCAUGGAGGAAAAGGAGAAGCAGAAACUAAAGGAUAAGGAAAACCAGCAGCAGCUACCUACGCAUAAGGCUAAGAAGACCCCAGUUAAAGACAGCCAAGGGCAUGUGCAUUUGCAGGGUGCACUGCUGCGAACCUACGUCUUCAAUAUUAUUUUCAAGACCCUGUUUGAGGUGGCGUUUAUUGUGGCUCAGUACUUUCUGUAUGGGUUUGAGCUCAAACCCAUGUACACCUGUGAUCGCUGGCCUUGUCCGAACAUGGUGAACUGCUACAUCUCCCGACCCACAGAGAAAACGGUUUUCAUCCUUUUCAUGCUGGCUGUGGCCUGCGUUUCCCUUCUGCUCAACCUGGUGGAGAUGUACCAUCUUGGUUUCAAAAAAUGCCACCAGGGUCUUCGUUACAGACGUUCGCAGGCUUCAUGUGAGGCUCCCAAGGCCCUAAAUGAGGCGGUCAUGCCCUUUGUUCCAAACUACACCUACUAUAAUGGUCAUGCUUCAGUGCCUGAACCUUUCCCUGCAGAACCUAACCCUGCUUACAGCCCCUACAACAGCAAAGCGGUUUCCAAGCAGAACAGAGACAAUAUGGCUGUAGAGAGGAAAGGCAGAGCAGAGGGAGAUGAUUCUGAGAAGACAAAACCCUCUGGUCCUGUCUUUGAGUCUCCUGUUGAAAAUCAGCGUAGAAACAGCCAGUCAAGCAAGCACAGCAACAACAAGAGCAGAUUGGAUGACCUGAAGAUCUAAAGACAUUCUGUCUUUUAAUUUAAGAUUCAGGAAAAUAGGAGAUGCCACUAAAGCAUGCAAAAAUAUAUUUAAUGAGUGUGGAACACAUUUCAGAAAAAAAGUAAAAUACCAGAAAACAGAUCGGAGCAUUCAUGAGUUGUAUGUCAAGAGGCAGAACAUGUGUUGAGAAGAAUUUUUUGGAACUCCCCAGCUAACAGGAGUUGGUAAUGUGAGUCACAACUACAUACAAGGGAUGAGCAACUCUGGACCUCAAGGACCAAUCUCCUGCAGGUUUAAGAUGUUUCCCUGUUCCAACAAACCAAACCCCUUCAUCCUCUGAAUGUGGACUGUUUUAAAUUUUGCUGUGAGACUGGGUUGAAUCAGAAAUAAACUUGAGAGAUCAGAGGCUGCACUAAAAAGCAGUAUCAGAAUCAGAAUGUCUUCAUUGUCACCGUACACUGUACGAACAAACUGAGAGUGCAGUCUUUUAUGUGCAGUCAAAUAAAAUAAAGCAGCAACAGCACUGAAACAGAUUAAAUAAAUACAUAACAACCAAAUAAAUAAAUAAAGAAAAAAAUUUAUCACAGAUAUGAAACUGUAUUAAGUGUUGUUUUGGCUCUUUCAUAAAAACUGUUCUCAAGUCUGUUUGUUUUGGCCCUCAGAGCCCAUUAGCUUUUACUUAAAGCAAUAAAUGCCCUCCAGGAAGGGCAGGCGCCCAAAACGUAACAACUUUUUAAGGAACAGCUUCUGGUGUGAGGACUAUACUUAUUUAUCUUACAUUUUCAGUCCAGCACCCCGCAUUACUCUGCUCGGAUUUGCGUGUUAUCUUCACCUGUUUUAUCCAUUUUAACCCUGACAAUGGACAUGUUGCAAUGAUGUUGAGCACCGUUCCUCGAGGUCAGCUGGCUUUUAGGCUUUAAAUACGUCCCAGCUCCAACCCACCUGAUUCCAAUUAAAUGAGUCUUCUCAACUUGUCACGUUCUGCCCAAGUCUGUUAAUGACACAUGAGUCUGAGUCAGGCAUAUAGAAGCAGGAAACAUGUAAAACAUGAAAAACAGUAGCCUUUGAAGAACCAGAGGUGGCAUAGCAGUACCAUGAUAGUUAUCAAUGCAAUUACUCCAGGUUUUGUGACUAAUUCCAGUAAUUUAUUUCGAGCAAGAUUAAAAGCAACACAGCUGCAGCAGCCAAGGCUGACAGUAAAACUAACAGAAAAAGGAGAAGGUCAGCAGUCAGCAUCCUUUUUUCACUGCUUGCAGUGAGAAUGUGAAAGUUAAUGUAUAAGCUUAUAAAUAUCACUGUCACACACUAAUGUACACAUAUGCAUCAGCUAGCCUCAAUACAUUUACUAGAAAGCUAUUAUGGUUCCCUGUGAGGGACUGAGGCCAAGGAUGAAGAGAGCACAGGAGGUUUUUUAAAGAAAAAAACUUUUUCUAUUUAAUUUACAAGAAGAAAACAAAAAUUAAAAUUCCAAAAUAAGUGUUCUGGGCCCAUUAAAGAGGUCAAAUAAACAGAACAUCAACAUAACUGAAAGCUAAAUGACUUGUCACAAUGACACAGACUUUAUGCUGCCUGGUCAAACCAUUUGACAUAUAAGGGCAACAUAAAAUAACGAU